CGGUUGACAAGGGCGACUACGCCUCCCAGAGGCCUCUGCGGCGCCGCGACCGGAAGUGGCGGGCGAGUCCGGUGUCCUUGCGCGCGGAGGGGAGCGAACAUGGUGUCCCGAGCGUGGUCGCUGAUGAGGUUCCUCAUCAAGGGCAGCGUGGCCGGGGUUGCAGUCUACCUGGUGUACGACCAGGACCUGCUGGGGCCCAGCGACAAGACACAGGCGGCCCUGCACAAGGCGGAGGAGGUGGUCCCCCCGGCCAUGUACCAGUUCAGCCAGUACGUGUGCGAGCAGACGGGCCUGAAGAUGCCCCAGCUCCCAGCCCCCCCAAAGUUUAACUUUCACCUCCGCGAGUCCUGGAAUUCAGGCAUCAUGACAGUGAUGUCGGCUCUGUCGGUGGCCCCCUCCAAGGCCUGCGAGUACUCCAAGGAGGGCUGGCAGUACCUGAAGGAGCGCGCCAAGUAGCCUGUCAGAGGGGGCCUCCCGCCCCUGUCGGGCACAGGGGCACGGGCGCCACCGACCUGGAGACUCCAGACUGGGACCUCACUCCGAGGGCAGCUCCCGGCCGUGCCGGCCCAAUAAAGGACUUCGGAAGUGUUC